AGCGAGCGCUUCCCAGGGUGGCGCGGGAGCGCGGGGCGCGCGGGCCUGAGAGAGCCAGGCGGGCAGCGCGCGAUGAGGCAGCGGCGCCGGGAGCGGGGACCGGCGGCGGGGCGAGGCGGGCCGGGGUGCAGUCCCGGGUGCUCAGGAGGCUGCUGAGACGCCGCGGAGAACCGCUAGAGCGCGGAGGAGGGCAGCGGAGCGCGGGGAGCCGGCGGCCCUGGGGCGGCCUCCCAGUCGGGAUCCCCUCCCCUGAGUGCAGCCAUGCGGGUGGCCAAGUGGCUGACCGGGUUGCUCUGCCCGAUCUCGCUCCUUCUCACUGGGUCCUGGGAAGUUCGUUUCCACCCACGACAGGAAGCCCUGGUGAAGACUCUGGCCUCCUACGAAGUGGUGACCCCCACGCGGGUCAAUGAGUUUGGAGACGUGUUUCCCCAGAACCGGCAUUUCAGCCGGAAGAAACGUAGCUCCGGGGUGCCGGAGCCUCCUCCACUCAGGACCCACUACCGAAUCAGCGCCUACGGGCAGCUCUUCCAGCUGAACCUGAGCGCUGAUGCGGCCUUCCUGGCUGCAGGCUACACUGAGGUGCACUUGGGGACCCCAGUGCCUGGACCAGGCGGGCGCAGCACGGAGUCCCCAGACCUGCGCCACUGUUUCUACCGUGGCCAGGUCAACGCGCGAGAGGACCACACUGCUGUCUUCAGUCUCUGUGGGGGACUGAUGGGGACAUUCAAAGCGAAUGAUGGGGAGUAUUUCUUAGAGCCAGUCCUGAGGGCUGAUGGGAGUGCACAUGACGAUGACCACAACAAGCCACAUCUGAUCUACAGACAGGAACUAAAGAGGAACUCCUUUGUGCGGUCUCACAAGCCUUGUGAAGUUUCAGAAAAUCAAAUGGAGAAAACUGCUUUGCCCUCUCAGAGCUCCAGAAACACGACUGGAGAUGUUAACAUCGAAGAGGAAGCGGUGUUCAGAUUGGAAGGUGAACGGAGCCAGUUACAUUCCAGGAAUAAGCGUUUUUUAUCAUACCCAAGAUACGUUGAAGUUAUGGUUACAGCCGAUGCUAAGAUGGUUCACCAUCAUGGGCAGAAUUUGCAGCACUAUGUGCUGACACUGAUGUCAAUUGUUGCUGCAAUCUACAAGGAUUCCAGCAUUGGGAACCUUAUCAAUAUAGUGAUUGUGAAGUUAGUUGUAAUUCACAGUGAGCAGGAAGGACCAGUGAUCAGUUUUAACGCAGCCACCACGUUACGCAACUUUUGCUUAUGGCAACAGAGUCAGAAUGUCCCGGAUGAUGCUCACCCCUCCCAUCAUGACACUGCUGUCCUCAUCACUAGGGAAGACAUUUGCGGAGCUAAAGAGAAAUGCGACACGUUAGGCUUAGCAGAGCUAGGCACCCUGUGCGAUCCUUCACGGAGCUGCUCCAUUAGCGAAGAGAACGGGCUGAGUGCCGCCUUCACCAUCGCCCAUGAGCUUGGACACGUGUUUAAUGUGCCACACGACGACAGCUUUAAAUGUAAAGAAGCCGGAAUUAAAGAUCAGUAUCACGUCAUGGCCCCGACUCUAAACUACCACACGAGUCCUUGGACCUGGUCAGCAUGCAGUCAGAAGCACAUCACAGACUUUCUAGACACUGGUCAUGGAGAAUGCCUUCUCGACAAACCCAAUGGGAGAACAUAUGACCUGUCUCCACAGCUUCCGGGCUCCGUGUACGAUGGAAACAGGCAGUGUGAGCUCAUGUUUGGCCCUGGAUCACAAGUGUGUCCUUACUUGAAGCAGUGUCGGCGUCUGUGGUGCACGAGUGCAGAAGGCGUCCACAAGGGCUGUCGCACACAGCACAUGCCGCUGGCAGAUGGGACGAGCUGUGGUCCUGGGAUGCACUGCCACCGUGGGCUGUGUGUGACCAGGGACAUGGAGACCCGUCCUGUGGAUGGCGAGUGGGGACCUUGGGGACCUUACAGCUCAUGUUCAAGGACAUGCGGAGGUGGAAUCAAGAGCACAGCCCGGCUUUGUGACCGGCCCGAGCCACGAAACGGAGGAAGGUACUGUGUGGGCCGCAGGAUGAAAUUUCGAUCAUGUAAUACUGAUUCAUGUCCAAAAGGCAAGCGAGACUUCCGAGAAAAGCAAUGCUCCGACUUCGACGGUAAACAUUUCGACAUCAACGGCCUCCCCCCCAAUGUGAGGUGGCUUCCGAAGUACAGCGGGAUUGCCGUAAAAGAUCGCUGUAAACUCUAUUGCCGGGUCGCUGGGACUACCAGCUUCUACCAGCUGAAGGACAGAGUUGCUGAUGGGACACCCUGUGGGACGGAAACUAAUGACAUCUGUGUCCAGGGCCUCUGUCGGCAAGCUGGCUGUGAUCACGUGUUAAACUCCAAGGCCAAGAGAGACAAGUGUGGAGUGUGUGGUGGUGACAACUCUUCGUGCCAGACCCUGGCGGGUGUCUUCAACAGUGCCCAUUACGGUUACAAUGUGGUUGUAAAGAUCCCUGCGGGGGCUACAAACAUUGAAAUCCUUCAGCACAGCUAUUCUGGAAGACCGGAAGAUGACAACUACCUCGCAUUAUCUGACACCCAAGGGAACUUUCUCCUGAAUGGAAACUUUGUUGUAAGUAUGGCGAAGAAAGAGAUCAACAUCCAGGGCGCUGUUUUCGAAUACAGCGGGUCAAACAACUCGAUUGAAAGAAUUAACAGCACGGACCGGCUGGAGGCAGAGCUCGUUCUGCAGGUGUUGUGUGUGGGUAAUUUAUACAACCCUGACGUGCGCUAUUCCUUCAACAUCCCCAUUGAGGAGAGGAGUAAUCUGUUCUCCUGGGAUCCAUACGGGCCGUGGCAAGACUGUACCAAAAUGUGCCAAGGUCUUCAUAGAAGAAAAAUUGCCUGCGUCCGUAAGAGCGACCAUGCAGUUGUAUCUGACCACAGUUGUGGCCACUUACCAAUGCCACUGUUUGUGACUGAAAAGUGCAAUACGGACUGUGAACUCAGGUGGCACAUCACUGGGAAAAGCGACUGCUCGUCCCAGUGUGGCCAAGGAUAUAGGACCCUAGAUGUUCACUGCAUGAAGUACUCCAUUCAUAAAGGACAGACUGUCCCAGUAGGAGAUCAGUACUGUGGUGACCAGCUCAAGCCUCCCAGCCGAGAGCCAUGCCAUGGCAGCUGUGUUUUGACAAGGUGGCAUUAUUCAGAGUGGUCCCAGUGUUCUAGGAGUUGUGGUGGCGGUGAGAAGACUCGAGAAUCCUACUGCGUAAAUGGCUUUGGCCACCGCCUUGAUGAUCGCGAGUGUCGGGAGCUUCUGCAGGUGGUGCUGGAGAACUGCAAUGAAUUUCCCUGUCCCAGCUGGGCAACGAGUGAGUGGAGUGAGUGUCCUGUCACAUGCGGAAAAGGAAUGAAGCAGCGGCAGGUUUGGUGUCAGCUGAGCGAAGACCCUGUGAGGGAUGGUUUCUGUAAUGCCAGUACCAAGCCUGAUUUGCUGAGACCCUGUGAGCUCCGAGCGUGCGCUUCUUGGCAUGUAGGACCGUGGGGGUCUUGCACGGCCACCUGUGGACAUGGAUAUCAGAUGCGUGCUGUUAAGUGUAUCAGUGAGAUAUUUGGCACCAUGCUAGAUGACAAAGAGUGCCCGCAAGCCAGCCGGCCAAGUGACAGACAGGACUGUAUAUUUGCACCUUGCCUGGCUAUUCCAGAAGUGGGGGCCACCUCCUUACCAGCCAUUCCCCUGGGAAGGGCAGCACAGUGGCGCCAUGGAUCGUGGACCCCAUGCUCUGUGUCCUGUGGAAGAGGGAGUCAGGCCCGUUAUGUGAGCUGCCGGGAUGCUCAUGAUGAAGUGGCAGAUGAGUCGAAUUGUGCCCACUUGCCUCGGCCUGCUGCGGUGUCUCUCUGCUUCAGCCCUUGUGGAGAGUGGCAAGCAGGGGACUGGUCACCAUGUUCAGCCUCCUGUGGACAUGGGAAAACCACCCGACGUGUUUUAUGCGUGAACUACCACCAACUGGUCGAUGAGAGUUACUGUGACCCGGAAGGCCGUCCUGUGACUGAACAAGAAUGUAGCCUGGCAGCCUGCCCACCCUCAUACAGCCGAGCUCCCAGCUCCUCUGAGCAGCCAAGCCACGUUCCCGGCAGAAAUGUCCCAUUAACUCACAAACCAGGAAAGAAUCAAGAUCAGGGGGUCCAGCUGUCAAUCAGAGGAAACCAGUGGAGAACAGGCCCUUGGGGAGCAUGCUCCAGAAGCUGCGCCGGUGGUCUUCAACACAGGGCUGUGGUCUGCCAGGAUGAAGAUGGGCGAAGCGCUACUUCCUGUGAUGGGUCCUCCAAGCCCCCAGAGUCAAAGCACUGUGGCUCCAGACCUUGUCCGCACUGGAAUUAUGGGGACUGGGGAGAAUGCACACAAACCUGUGGUGGAGGGGUAAAAUCAAGAUUUGUGAUCUGUCAGUUUCCCAAUGGCCAAAUGACACAGGAACACAGCUGUGAACUGCCCAAGCCACCUAGCAUGAUGCAGUGUCACCUGCACGCCUGCCCUGAAGAUGUGUCCUGGUAUCGGGGACCAUGGAAUUCGUGCUCAGCUUCCUGUGGUAAAGGUAUAAAGUACCGGGAGGUUCUUUGUAUUGAUCAAUUCCAAAGGAAAUUAGAAGAAAAAUAUUGCAGUCAUUUGCAUAAACCUCGAACUCACAAAGCUUGCAGAUCAGGACGAUGCCCUUCUUGGAAGGCCAAUAAAUGGAAGGAGUGCUCUGUGACCUGUGGGUCAGGGGUGCAGCAGAGGGAGGUGUACUGCAGGCUGAGAGGCACUGGUCGAGUGGCUGAAGACAUGUGUGAUCCAUCCACCCGGCCUCAGGGGCAGCGGCAGUGCUGGCGUCAGAACUGCAUGAGGUACCAGUGGACGACAGGAGACUGGCUAGACUGUUCAACAUCGUGUAAGAAAAAAGAGACCUAUCGGUUGGUGAAAUGUGUGAAUGAACAAAACGUACAAGCGAAUGAAAGUCUCUGUGACCCUUUAAUGAAACCGCUUUCAAUCAAAAAAUGCAGGAACCCUCACUGCAAGUACUCGGUGGUUACAGGAGACUCGUCGCAGUGUGCAGGUAACUGUGGGUUCACUUCCCCACAGAAGGUCACAUACUGCACUAAGGUCCAGUCCUCUAAGAAGCACACGUUCCAUCAGCUUCGCCCUGUCGUCUAUGGGGAAUGUCCGGUGAUACCGUCUCCUCGGGUGUACAAAUGCGACCUUAGAAGCUGUCUGCAUGUAGCCACUUGGAAAGUGGGGAAAUGGAGCAAGUGCUCAGUAACUUGUGGAAUUGGGAUAAUGGAGAGAAGAGUAGCAUGCAGGACUGAGAACGGUUGGCCCAGUGACUUAUGUUUAAAGCGUUUAAAGCCAGAUGCCCAAAAGAAAUGUUAUGCCAAUGACUGUAAAUUACCAACCACUUGCAAGGAACUCCAAGUUACAAACAACGUUACCAAGGACGGUGACUAUGACCUUAACGUCAGGGGAAGAAUAUUGAAGAUCCAUUGCUCAGGCAUGCAGCUGGAGAACCCUAGAGAAUAUUUACAACUGGUCAAAAGUGAAGACAACUUUUCGGAAAUAUACGGCCUUAGACUUCAAAAUCCCUAUGAAUGCCCCUUCAACGGAAGCAGGAGGCCUGACUGUGCGUGUGAAAACGACUACCUACCUGCGGGGUACACUGUUUUUAGCAAAGUGAGAGUGGAUCUCGAUUCCAUGCAAAUCAAAACUGCGGAUCUUCUUUUUUCCCAGACACUAUCUGGAAAGGCAGUUCCAUUUGCUACAGCUGGGGACUGCUACAGCGCUGCCAGAUGCCCACAGGGGCAGUUCAGCAUCAACUUAGCAGGAACUGGGAUGAAGAUAUCCAACACAGCAAAGUGGCUCGCUCAGGGGAGGUAUGCCUCUGUCAUCAUCCACAGGUCCCAAGACGGAACCAAAGUCUACGGCAGAUGCGGAGGGUUCUGUGGAAAGUGCGUUCCUCACAUGGCUACAGGGCUCCCAAUUCAAGUACUGUGAACGUCCAAGGCUUGGAAGGACCGUGAAGGGGGAUUGCGCUGUGAAAGCACAGGCGCCUGGUGCUCCUCUCUCAUUCCUGGCUUCCCGAGACUUCCAUAUUCAAACCUUUCUUUGGGUGCUCACUGGGGUUUCAGACCACUUCAUAUUUAUAGGUUUUCGAGAGGAACUUAACGGACAUACCACUCCAAUCAGGCUCACUCCUAAACAUCAUAAUUUAUUAUAGGGAAUACAAGCAAAAUGUUUGAAUGGAUUAUACCAAGAAAGUAUUGCUGGUCAAAGCUUGGAGUGUUAAACAGACAUAUAAAAUAAAUCUCCAAUCAGCUUCCUAUGCUACAAUGAAGUGUUAUUGCGGUUGUUAAAAUGGAGCAAAUAAGAAUCAGUGAAUAUCAAAUUAAUAAUUAUAUCAAAUAAGCAUAUCCUUUCUUCUGAUAUGAUUUUGAUUCAUUGUCUUAUUUUUUUCUUUAAUUUUAUCUAUGGAUUUUGGUGCUUCAAUAAAAAUGGUUCUAAAAUAUAAUAUUUUUUUCCAAAAAAGUUGUGCUUAUGUUAAGUAUUAAAUAGAAAACUUUGUGGCAAAACAGAGAAGACAGAUGUUGGGAUUUGAGUUUUAAGGCCUACCUCUACAUACGUUUGAGCAGUAUAUUGUUUUUAUAAUGUUUGUGUAUCAUUAUGCCUUUAUAACUCAUCUAUGUAACUACCCUUAAAAACCUAUUUUCUUAACAUUAAAUACCUUUUUUGCUAGCCAGAUAGAAAGACGGAGGUUCUUAAAAUUCUGAUGAUCCAAAGUUUUGGUUCUGUUUUCCUGACCCCUCCCCUACUUUAAAAAAUUCACUAGAGAUUAUGUGGUGGGGGUGGGGUUCUCUAGAACAAAGAUUCUCAACCUGUGAGUCUCAACCCCUUGGGGAUCUAAUGACCCUUCCACAGGAGUCACCUAUGACCAUUGGAAAGCACAGGCAUUUACAUUACUAUUCAUAACAGUAGCAAAAUUAUAGUUAUGGAUUAGCAACAAAAUAAUUUUAUAGUUGGGGGUCAAUACAGCAUAAGUGGCUGUUUUUAAAGAGUCACAGUAUUAGGAAGGUUGAGAGCCAUUAUUCUAGAGGAACAGGGUAGAUAACAUAUUAAAGGGGUUUAUUAGAUUGGUUUAUACAUUCUAAAUUCUCCAAUAAUAAUUGUCUCCACACUGGAGAGCUGGAUGCCAUAGCUGUCUCAGUCGGGUACUAAACAGCCUUAACGCUUGCCAGAGCGGAGCGAUGCCAGAGUGGUGAUGGCGGAGCGAUGAUGCUGGUCUUUAGUCCAUGUGGGAAAGCUGAAAAGCUGAAGUCAGAGGAAUAUGACGACGGUCUAGUCAGCGUGCGCACCCGCAAGACAGUGAGAGAAGCAGCAGAAGAGUAAAGGCUUGCUCUCCCACAGUUAGGGCGCGUCUUCUUUACAGUGGACCUAACGGGACAGUCCUGCACAAGUGCUCAGACGGCCUGCUUAGUGGACACGUUCAGAUCGUGCUGCGCUGAAGAUCAGUGGUAACCAUCACGGAGAAGCUCAGCUCCUGUCUACUGGGGCGUUCUCAAACAUGAGUGAAUUUAAAGAUUUGCCACUAUAGACAGAUUCUCAGGAAUUAAGGGAUUAUUUUUCAUGUGCAUAACUUAAUUGUGUGUUAUAUGCUGAUAGGAUUUUUAAAAGCAAAAUAAUAGAUAUUUUCCCAUGCCGGCCUGCCCUAUAAACAAAAACAUGGGAUUUGCUAAUUCAUUUCACCUGUAAAUAUCAGUGUACUAGUUUUACCCUCAAGGUGUUUUUCUCCCAAAUAUUUGCUAGAGCUGUAAAAGGCGCCAGAGGAAGUCGGUGCGCAUGCGGUCAAACACUUGCAGAACUCUGAAACAAAGGGGAGAUUAUGCAAAUCGGUCAGGCAUUAAGUCAGAAUGUCUAAUGUUUCCCAUUAAAUGUUUCAUCUGUUUUUAAAGCCGUGUAAUUUAUUAACAUCUAAAUAAAAA